AUGAAAGUUUUGUAUUUAGUUUUGAUCGCGUUUGUUCUGCUGUUAAAUGUCUCUAGCGGGGAAGAUCAGGAUUUGAACAACAACAAUAAGAAUGAUGAUGACAGCCCAUAUUCUGGUGAUUAUAAUUUUGAUGGUGAUGACGAAGAUGAAGAUGAUCAAUACGAUGACGAUCAGGAAGGUGGCGACUAUGAUGAUGUGGAAGACGGACAGGCCCCUAAGAAUCACCCUGCCAAUAACGACAAUAACAAUCAUCUCCCAGUAGAUGAUGAUGAUGAUCACCGUAGUAAUGCCUUUAAUAACAAUAACAAUAGUAUUAUGAAUAAUAAUAAUGUGGACAACAUUGGUCCUGAUUUCAAUAGUUUUAUUAGUAAUGAUGGCGAAGAAGAUGACGAAUACGAUGGGGAUGAUGAUGAUGAAGGUGGAGAUGAUGAUGAUGAAGAUGCCAGUGGAGAUUUGGACCCCAACAGCCCAGACCAAACAGACCCCACCUCACGAAAUGACAUUGACAAAAAUGAAGAUGGUGAUUUUGAGGAAGAAGAAGAAGAUGAUGAUGAAGAUGACGACGACGACGAUCGUGAUGAUGUUUUGAAGGGAGAUACUGGAGAUAUUGGUGAUAAGAAAGUUACACAUAGUCAAAAUAAUAAGAAUAAUGAUGAUGAAAAAAGUGAGCAAGAAGAACAAGACAAUCACCUGUAUAGUGGAAUCAAGGGCUUGGAGGAUGAUGCUGAUGGAAGUUCAAUAUUUAAUUCGCCAGUCAUUCUAGCCUUGAUAAUAGGCGGAGUCAUUCUAAGCAUGCUCAUCUUUGUCCUCGUCGUCAUGUUCAUUGUCUAUCGACUCCGUAAAAAGGACGAGGGCAGCUACGCUCUGGACGAGAAUCUCAAGAAGAAAUCCAAAAACAUCGAAUACACCAAGGCACCACAGGCACAUAACGAGUUUUUCGCAUAA